GAGAUUCUCACCUCUCUCCCACGAAGCCCAUCUCAGUCUGUCUGGACCCAACAACCAUAUUUUCUUCCUCAGGCUACCCGAGGACCGGCUUGAUGCCCAACCCCAAGCCACAGCAAAUCCCGGCAGCCUCUUCCGUGGCUUCCUCCGGCCUCGUGGCUCACAUGAAGAAUACCGAGCUGAUGACCAGAGGGCCCUUGGAGUUUCCAUCCUGGGAGGUUGGACCUCCCCCCCGAGGGGGACCCACUGGGGCAACUGCCUUGUCACCGCAGUUGCCGGCGGGCCCCAUGGUGAUGGUGGCCUCGUCAGGUACGCAGCUCGGCACGUCCCUGCACCCCCAGGCCCUGCUUCAGGAAAAGCAGCAGUUUGUACACCAGCUGGCAUCCGCCGAGGUCCUCAGCCGGCCCCCGCUGGUGCACGUGACGCCCCUGAACGCCCCGGCCCUGCUCAAUCUGCCCUCGCCGCCUGGAGUCAUCACCCUCAAGACCAGACCUGCCCAGCUGCACAGCCUUCCUCCUGGGAUCAACUUUGCCAACCUGGAGUGGCUGCCCAAGGAGCCGGCCAACAUGCUGACGACUUACCUCUGUGCCUUUCCCACCGGGCCCAGCCCCGGGGAUGCCUCUGCUCUCCGGCUCGGCCCCAAGAAGGAGAGCAUCCUGCAGAUGUGCACCUUGGACAGCUCCCAGAGCUGCUGGUGGCCCGCCUGUGAAAAGGUCUUCCCUGAGGUGGCAGAGCUGGUAAAACACCUCCAGGAGGCCCACCGCCCAGAUGAGAAGGGGAAGACCCAGUGUCUCAUCCAGAAGGAGGUGGUGCAAAACCUGGAGCAGAAGCUCUUCCUAGAGAAGGAGAAGCUGGGGGCCAUGCAGGCCCAUCUCUCUGGGAAGCUGGCACUGGCGAAGCCCCUGGCUCUGAGCCCCUCCACAGAGAAAGCCAGCUACUGCCCAGCAGGGAGCCUGGGCCCCGCCUGGGCAGCCUGGCCAGGGUCCCUGGGAGACAAGGAGGAAGCACACCUCCCAGGCCAGGGCCUCUUUGCUGUCAGAAGGCACCUGUGGGGCAGCCACAUGUCACCAGAUUUUGUCCAUAACCUGGAAUACUUCCGAUCCCACAACCUGCGGCCUCCCUUCACCUACGCCACGCUCAUCCGCUGGGCCAUAUUGGAAGCCCCUGAGAAACAGCGGACGCUCAACGAGAUCUACCACUGGUUCACACACACCUUUGCUUUCUUUCGGACCCAUCCAGCCACCUGGAAGAACGCCAUUCGGCACAACCUGAGCCUGCACAAAUGUUUUGUCCGGGUGGAGAAUGAGAAGGGGGCCGUGUGGACCGUCGACGAGUUUGAGUUCCGAAAGAAGAGAAGUCCGAGACCCAGCAGAGAUCAAGACUUGAAACGCCUGCUGUCCUGUGCCCCAGUGGCCGUGCCCGAGGCCUGGCUCCCGCUGCCCCCCAGCUGAUCAGCCUCCCCUGAGCCAGGCUGAUGAAGGAAACAUCUUUAUUGGCUGUCUUUCUUGGGGGGGAGGGGGAGGGGAGGUGAAGGAGGGCUUUGGUUUCCUUCCACCAAUAAAGGCCUUGUAGCUGA